AUGAUCAGUUGGCCUGAAGGACUGUAUGGAUUACCAAUGGCCAUCAAUGGCUGUCCCGUCGACCCAUCUAUCAACUGGAAAACUGGGACGCUGUACCAAGACUGCGAGGACACGGACCCACGAACGCAACAUUCGCCCGACCUCCAUUUAAACGCUUUCGUCAAAUAUGGAGACGUACAGCGGUCAUUUUGUAUGAAAACAUCUUCUGUGAAUGAUUCCAACCGGGACCAGUGGCCCUCAGGGAAGUACUGUAUUUAUCUGUGGGGGAAAACCUGCCCCUCGGGUAUGCUUGAAGGUUGGGUCCAGUGGGACGACGAGAAUACCAUCAUAAUUUACAAUAAAAACACGAGAAGGGGAACGUUACCGACAGGAGUUUACGACCAGGAUACGUGAGUACUCACUGAGUGGUUAAGUCACCACAUUGUACAUAAUUAUGUUCAAGUGCAUUUGUACUUUAAAAGUUUUAAGUUCAUCAAUGAUCUUUUAUCAGCUAAAUUGACCAUAAACCAAAAAUUGUUUAAGGUAAUUUCUCGAGAACCAUAAAGAAUAUUUUUUUAAAUUCGCCAAACUUCAAAUCGCCUGAUAAAGGCAAGCAGUUAAGCGAUCAAAAUGUUGUGCUCAUUGAUCAUAUAAUUCCAGGUCUCGAUUUAGAAACGUAAAAUCUUUUAAAAUCUACUCUCGUUAAUUUUCUUAUUUAUUUAUUUAUUUCAUGUUAUCUUUGCAGCAGCCUUUUUUAGAUUUUCAUUUGUUAUGGCUAUUGACUUGCUUUACAGCUAUGAUUUUGUAAUUAUUAGGGACCACUCAUCGCCGGGGGGGGGUUGGGAGAUUUUGGGAGACCACAUGGUUUUUUAGGGAGAAUGGAGGGGGGAUCAGUUGUCGCCUACAGAGUAUAGAGAGGGGACUAUAGAAAAUUGACUGCCAAUGUGGGGAGGGCCAUAAGAAUGUUACAGAGCCUAACCGCCUCUCGGGGGGGGGGAAAGGGAUCAGGUAAAUUUUGUGGUGACACCAUCAAAAUCCUCCAAUUUCCCUCACCCUCCCCCCUUCAACCAAGUGAUCAAUAAUGACCUCGACCAGUCCCUUCUCUUAUUUCAACAUCAUGCACUGCGCAUGGCAGACCCUAUAUGUAAUGUACUGUCUUCGUUCCAAUAGACGUAUCUCUUACUGCUGCAGUGUUCUUGGCUCGACCCAGACUCCCAUCGAUCUUCCGUUGACUUCGCCAUUCUAUCUGAUAGCCUAUGGUAGCAAAGUCUGCCAGUUGGUUAGGGGGGCGCAGUCUAGUCUAGAAUACAUAUUUUACGAAACAGAAUACUCGACUUUCAUGACGAAAAACGAUUAUGGUGGUGCUCAUCCCUAUGGUGUGACGAGAGACCCGCAAGGCCAAAUGAUCUUCUACUGCUAUUAUAGACGUGAGUUACAAGUCAUAUUCUGAAUUAAAACAGCGAUCAUUAUCAGCUUUCUACAUGAGAGCACGUCAAAGAAAAUCGAUAUUUUUUCAACAAACCGUAAACUCCAAAAUGAUUACAAUUUUUGUAUUAUUUCGUACAAUCUCUUAUUCAUAAUUAUGAUUAGCCCACUUUGCCUCGAUCGCAUCCUCUGAAUUCAAAAUAAUAUUGUAAGCUUUAGACAAGGUAAAGAAGGCAAAUUAUCAUGAAGAAAAAAUAAUGACGUACUUCCUCCAUUUCGGAAUAAGGUGUAUUCCAUCCAAAUCCCCUCCUGUGAUGUAUCACGUGGGAACCUGGGAACAAGAACUUGCUCAAGUACGAGGCUUUAACUCGAACGAUUUUGGACCUGAAUUUUUAGAUAGAGCUCUUUAUAAUGUUUUCUUUCUUUUUCUUUUUUUUUUUUUUUUUUUUUUUGGUCUUAAAUUCAGCUAUCCAUUGUCCAGCAUUAAGAAAACCUGACAACGGAAUGUUAAAACCAGCUCACUGUGGCGAAAAUAAUCAAACUACGUUUAAUGGCACAUGUACAGUAACGUGCAAUAGCGGGUUCAUACCUAAGAAUCCCGCGGGACAGAUCACGUCAUGUUUGAAGAACGGGACCUGGAGCAUACCCAUCGUCACUGGCUGUAUACGUAAGUAUUGCAUUAUGGGAUAAACUGCUCGCUCAUUAAUUCUUAACCUACAGUAACAGUAAAAAUGUAUCUAAGUUUGUAUAAUUUUACAGAAACUUGGAUCCAAUGUGAUCCUCAAACUUUACCCAUGGGGAAAUUUGUGGUGCAAGUCAUUAAGCAAAAAAAA